GCAGUCUGCUAACAAUGUGCCUGUUGUUGGAACAUGGCGGACAUACGUCCACCGUGACUACGGGGGCUUUAUCGUCAAAUUGCGUACUCAAGUGCUUCACAAUCGCCACAUCCGAAGCAAGUGCUGACCGCUACCGAACGAGCUCUCGGACAACCAAAGGAUGUGUCGGCAAAGGAUGAACACCCGCUGACUCCUGUACAGCUGUCGUGGUUGGUGGCGCUACGCCCACUCGUCAACAUGACAACCAUGUCCGAGCGAGAGAUGUGCCUCGAGAUUGAACGGGACCUGAACCGCAUCCUGCUGGCUUCCACCAGUCGGAAUCAGCCGCCGGAUGCCAAGCAACAGGACGACAGACAACCACCCAAGUACCUGUUCCAGCCCGAAUCGCCCAAUCAGCCUUUGAUACAGCCUCACCCUGCACAGGGCUUGCCAUCAGUGAACCCGUCACCCGUAGUCCAGUUUAUGUUCACUGCCUGCAACACCGCUCGCGACGAAGUUGACUGCCGGCAGAGACUGGCACGGAUCCCACCGAAAGCGGGAAAGCGUGAGCGUCGGAAAAAUUCUCCUCCGGAAAGAAGGACCUCAGGCCGGGCGAACGCGAUACCAGUGCACUCCCGCCCGUGGAAGGGGCCGAUGAGGUUCCAGUGUCGACGGGCUCGGCAAAUUCGAAGGACUGUAGCACCGAAGUGAACAGCACCGUAAAGGGUGAAAUUGGCGCGGGCACCGUGUCCAUGGCCGAAGGGUGCGUACCACACAAGGCCAAGCCUGUCGCAACUGGACGCAGGUCGCCGGGCCCGAAGAACAACAGCAAGGGCCCGCGAAACCAGUACGAGGAAGUACUGAUGAGUGCCGCUGCUUGGCCUCGUGUAAAUGACCCCAAGGACUUUCUGUUUUUGCAUGACCUUGAGAGGCAGCUGCUUGAGUGCGCACCUCGUUUGCAGGAUAAUCGUCGCCAAAAUUCACAGGCAAAGCCCUUUGGUCCCGCACCUUCACACCGCAAUGGCGGUCGUCACGACAACCCCAAUGCGUUUGAAGAGAAGCUGGCGGUAUUCAGGCAGCACAGGGUUCUUCUUUUGAAAAAGAGAUCCAAACGUUUCCCAAGGGCUCAGUUCUACUGUCAUCCUCUGUCAUCGGCACUUCGAUGACAUGUGGUACGUCGACAAGCACUUGGAACAGGAGCAACAUGCUAGCAAAAAGCUUGUGAACGACUUGCGGUUGGCGGUCAAAAACCUUCCCUAUCCUGUCGACGUUCAAUGUGAUGCGAUUGGCACUAUGAUCGAGAAGGUGGCGCAGGAGCACAGUUUGACUGUGGAGGAGGUUGAACUGCGGAAGAGAGCGGUCAGUGAUCUGGAAACGUUCAUCAAGGCAACAUUACCGGAUGUCAGGUUGAACCUGCACGGUUCGUCAGGAAAUGGGUUUGGCUUGAAGACGAGCAAUGUCAACAUUGACUUGACUCCGCUUGGGAAAGCGGACUGUGCCCAGCUCUUCGUUGGCACAGGUGACCUCCUUCAGGAGUGCCCCAAGUACGCCCAAGUGACGAAGGACUACCUGUCCAAAGUGCCGCGAAUACGCUUCAAGGAGGUCGACAGCAAGCUCUCUUGUGAGAUCAGCCUCAACAACUCCAACUCGCAGAAGACUUCGAAGCUCCUCGACGACUACGCCUCACUCGACAGGAGGGUUAAAAUUCUGGGAGUCGCUUUUCGGCUGUGGGCCAAGCACUGUGGCUUGGACCAGCAAGACCGGGGCACGCUGCCGCCACACGCGUUCGCCAUCAUGACCGUGUUUUUUCUGCAACAGUGCAAGCCUGCUGUGCUGCCCGUGCUGCAUGAGAUGAAAGAUGGCAAAGAAUCAGAGUCGUACCUGAAGCCCAAAGACCUGGAAGGCCGGUGGAGCUGCAAGAACGACCGCAGCAUAGGUCAGCUGUGGGUGGAGCUCCUGCGCUUCUACGCUGCGGAGUUCAAGCUCAACAAACGCGUGGUCUGCAUUAGACGGUCUCAGCCUAUGCUCAUCGUGGAGAAAAAGUGGAACAAGCGCUACAUUGCCAUUGAAGACCCGUACUCGUGCAAGCGGAACCUUGCCCGCUCGAUUCCCAGCGAGCGAAUGUACCUGUUCCUCAAGCGCUGCAUCUGCACCUCGGCCAUCUACUUCCUGCAGCCGCAGCUGCACAUAGGGCCCAUGUUCGUCCAGCUCCCGGGCCCGCCUAUGUACACAGAGAACUCCGAGUCCGAAUCCGAGUCUGACCAGGAAGAGGACAACACGAAGCGAAAGGAACGGCACGACUCGACGGACGAGUUGGCCGGAGCCAAAGCAACGGAUGACGAGGACGAGGAAGAGGAGGACGACGACGAUGCCAGCAGCUGCUCGUCGGGCCCGGCCCACGACACGGACGAGCAAGACCCGGACUUGUCGUUCGCCGAGGUCGCAAAGGUCGUCACCAACCUCGACCUCGGGCCGGACCCUGUCAAGUCGAAGAGUCACAAAAAGAAAGAAACCUCCCAGCCAGCUCCACAGGCUCCACCUGUUCAACAGUUUGUGAAGCCCGGACCGCCGAUACCUCAGCGGAUUCUUGACGACCUUGACAUGUGCACCGUUGAGGACUUCAGCUACAGCUUCUCGCGGAAGACGCUGGCCAAUGGGCGGUCUCCUCCUGUCAUCUGCUCCUCUUGCCAGAAAAGUGGACAUUUGCAUGAGGACUGUCCUGAUCACCGCCUUCCUGAGCUGAAGCCAUUGCCAGACAUGACGCGGAGUUACACCAAAAUACUCAACGACGUCUGUCAAGAUGUGAUGAAAAUCUGUACUCCUGAUCCAGAAGAGGAAGCAUGUCGUGAGAAACUGCUCCGUGAACUUGAAUCAUUCAUCCGCAAGAAGUACAAAGAUGCCAAACUCACGCUGUACGGCUCAUCAUGCAACGGCUUUGGCCUAAUCCGUAGUGAUCUCGAUAUCUGUUUGACAUUCGAGCACAGUAAAGAUGGCAAGGACUUUUGCCACAAAGAAAAGAUUCUGGACCUCGCAAAGGAGCUCAACGAUCACAAGAACUUGAAGAGGAUUACUGCUAUCACCUCUGCCAAGGUCCCGAUUGUCAAGUUCUAUCACAGACCAACACAACUAGAGGGGGACAUCAGCUUCUAUAACACUUUGGCCCAGCACAACACGAGGCUGCUCAAGGUGUACAGUCAAAUUGAUGAGCGGGUCCGAGUACUUGGAUACACUUUCAAACACUUCGCAAAGACUUGUGCCAUCGGUGACGCGUCACGGGGAAGCCUUUCCUCAUAUGCAUACAUCCUUCUAACGCUGUAUUAUCUCCAGCAGUGCAAACCGCCCGUGAUCCCUGUCCUCCAGGAGCUGUACCCAGAAGGGGAGCAAAAGCCAGAGGUCAUGGUGGAAGGCUGGAAUGCAUGGUUUUAUGACGACGUUGAUCACCUGCAAUCUGUGUGGAGUGAGUUCGGUCUCAACAACGAGACUGUCGGAGAGCUGUGGCUCGGCCUCCUCCGUUUCUACACAGAAGAGUUCAACUUCCAAGAGCAUGUUGUGAGCAUCCGACAGAAGGCUCCUCUGACCAGACUCCAGAAGAUGUGGACGUCCAAGUUCAUUGCCAUUGAAGAUCCUUUUGACCUGGAUCAUAACCUUGGCAGUGGAGUGACGAAGAGCAUGAGCACAUACAUCAUGAAGACCUUGAUCAAAGGAAGGUCGCACUUCGGAACGCCCGUUCGCAGGCCGCCUGCCCCUUAUGCCACGUUCCUUGCAUACUUUUUCGAUGCCCGGAACCUUGUGGAGGGGUCACCACCGAAUGACCGAGGCUGCCGCAUCUGCGGGAAGAUAGGCCACCGCAUGAAACAGUGUCCAAAUCGUAACAAGAACAACGGGGGCAAGGACAAAGACGCAACUGGAGGCAACAAUCGGGGAGCAUGGGCUCAGCAGGACCAAAGUGGUGGGCCUAGGAACUUCAAGUUCCGGCCACGGCAGCCGCAUCAGCAGAAUGUCGACCCAGAGGAGAUGAACGCGGAGCAGCAGCCGAAUCGGGAGAACCUGAACCCACAGCGGCUCAAUCAGUCGCAGCUGGGUCCUAUGCUACAUCGGAGACCACGAGCCGGAGCGCUGCCACCGCGUCAGGCUAGAAAUCGUGCACAAGAGGACCAGCGGCAUGCCUCACACCACCAGCAACAGGCUCAACACCAGCACCAACAGCAACAAGUGCAACACAACCAGCAACAGGUGCCGCACCAACAGCAACAAGCGCAGCACCACCAGCCACAGGGUGCGCCAGCUGAGGGUCAUCCUGGUCUAUGUCCUGAAGUACCGCACGGCGGCAUCGCGCCACCCGGCGUUGCCCAGGCACAGCUGCAGAGGACACUGCAGAACAUGGCAACAGCGGGUCUCCAGAUGGGAGCCUCCCGCUGCUUUGUUCCGCACAUGGGCCCGCCACCGGCCUUUAUGGCUACACCGCCCCUUCGGCCACCCCCGUUCCCAGGCGCUAACGGCCAGACACCUCCUCAUCCUGACGUGCAGGUCCUGCUGAUGAGGAUGCAGCAGCAGCAGCAACAGCAGCAGCCACCGCAGCAGCUGCCACAGGAGAUGGGGCACCAGCGAUAUGGCCAGUGGCCAUUGGGUCCACCAUCUAGGCACACCAUGCCGUCGUCAUGGCCUCCAAGCCUACCGCCGCCUCACAGCCAGGAGGCGCUGCAACAUUUCAGCAACUUCCUCGGACCAAGGGGGUCCCACAACCUCCCGCCGCCGCACCCACAGGCCAUGCCUCUGCCACCAUCACCGCAGCAGCAGCAAUCAUUUCUCUGUGGACCCCCUUCGAAGCCGCCAUUCAGUGCGAUGCCUAGCCAGCCAGUCUUCCCUGGAGCGCUGUGCAGUGACCACCCAUCGCAACAGUGGGACACUCAGUCACCACACCGGGGCCACGAGGUUGAGUCUGUACCGUCCCAAGAUUAGAGAAUCUCUGAAAGAGCUUUUUUCCCCCCACACCCAGCCCGCCGUUUGCUUGUGACAAAUUUUUCACACACCUCCCUUCAUUUCCUGUGGUGAUGCUUGUUCCCAAAGACUCCAAUGCCACAGGCAUCUCUCAACAAGUCCCCCGAACUUGCUUGUUUUGUUGUUUUAAGUUCUUAGGAUUCGUGUCCUUUACAAAAAGACUGGUUUUGGUUGAUGGUACUACACUGUGUAUACUGCCUGUGCUUAGGAUUGGGAUUGUCGGGGUGCAGGGCUGUUAGAGGAGGAGCUAUCACUCUUUGUGCAAGAGUUUGUCAUUUUCGUCGUUUCGUUGCCCAUUGGGCAAAGCUCAAUUUUGGCGACAGCGUACAUCAUUGUCAAAAGUGCAGUUCAUUCCAGGCCUUUUGCUUGCUUCCAGGGGUGCCUGAUGGCUGCACAUGUAAAGAACAGCUUUUCUUUGUCAUUGUUACAUACAUUGUUUUAGAUUAGCCAUUGACCAUCAUGACUUACUGGUGAUGGUACUGGAAUAUUAUCACUUGGUGCCUUCCAAAGUUCUUUUUUUCCUUCUUGCCUUAGCCUCUACCAUCACUUCUCAUAUGAGAUAAAUUCAGGUCGACAUGGCAAAAAUACAGUUUUAGCAAUCUUAUUCGCAUUUUUUUGUCUCGCUUGUGAUUUGGAAUUUUUAGGCCAAAGCAUAGCUUCCCCUUUGACCUGCCCUGUUUCUCAUCCCUGCAGUGAUGCUCUACAAUAGAAAGUUGUUUGCAUGCGAUGAUGUAAUUAUGUGGUAAAAAAGAAGCUGUUGCGCUUGAUUUGGCUUGUGAACGGAGCUUGCUGGAUACUGUCAUUGCUAGCACUGUGACGGAAACUGCCGGUAAGUGCUGUAGUCUGUGCUGUGCAAGGAAUCUCUGUCAUCCUGGGCAGUACCUCUAAAGAAAAAAAAAAGUGUUUGUCCAGCCAGAAUUUGGUGGCGGUAAUUGUGGUUGCAGGAAUCUGUUUCCUUGUAAUAAGAUUACAUAGACAGCAGUUUUAAAGGGAAGUGUGUUCAGAAGGUACUGGGGGGCGGGCAGUGUUUGUUGAGUGCUCCACUUGUCUCGACCGCAGGCUUGGGGUGCACAGCCUUCCUCGGCGUUGUACGCCUUUUGUAAAUUAGACAAGCCAAUCAUUUUCAUCAGACACAUUCGAUCUCAAGGCCACUUUGUCAUUGACAUCUUUUGUCAUGUACCAAGUACAAGUCUUUGGAAAAUGUUAACUCGUGAGUGAGCUGUCUGACAUUACCAUGCCAACGCAGAUUUUGACAUUGCAUGGUGCCACACAUCGUGGCAGUGUUGGGCGGGGUUGAUUGAUUUUAAUAAAAUUCAUCAUCAGGAUUUUAUGGUGGACAUUUCUGUAAGCCGCAACGGCAAGAAAAAUGUGUGCAAUUACCAUUUCUUGUAAAUAGUAUGUGAAAAACUUCAAAAGCACACAAGUGCUUACACAAGAAGGGGUAAAUUGGUGACCAUUGGCAGUGGACAUAAAUCGGGCUGACGAUGAUGAUGGUGCCUAAACAAUAUUUCCCCCUGCCAAUAACUCUGAACGAUUGUAGUAAAAUAUGUAAGUAAAUAGAAAUUGAUGCA